CUGCAGAACCACAGCCUUCGGGAUGAGUGUGGCGCAAGGGAAGCUGGGAGAUCCUAUUACCACAGGAUUGUAUGGAAUCAAGGGUAUGCCAGGUUAUUUAAUCAAGGUUCGGGUGAUGAUCAACAUGACUGAACCACUGCACUCCCAAGUUUAUGCUUCAAAUCCGGUAGCUGAGAUAUUUUGGGUGAUCCUUGUGUAUGAACAUCUACCGUUGUUCAGCUACCAUUGUGGUAGAUUGGGACAUAAGGCUGCCAAUUGUGGCUACCUAGAUCCCAAAGGAGAGGAAAAUUUUGGCCUGGAGAUGAUGAUUGAUGAGUCUGGACACAGGUUGAAUGAAGCUACUUUGAACUCGAUCCAUGGGACGGGAAUUACUCACUCUGUUUUGAUCAACCCGUCUACUCAUGGUGGCAAAGAGGCGAUGGGCGAUGGUGGUAGGAGGCGGAUGGAGAGCGAGGAUCAUGAGGUUGUCUCGGGUCCAAGGAUUAGGGUGAUCGCUCUUCCUGUGACGUCUUCUCGUGGGCGAAAGGAGAAGGGCAGCGAGAAGAGGAAAUCAUGGACUGUGGCGGAGGGCCGAUCAGUGGGGGUGGUUGGAAAGGAGGAGGGAAGAAAGAAUAAUCAGGAGAAAUAGGGGAAGAAGACGAUGGGAAGGGGCAGGGAGUCUGGUCAAGGCGGAGAGAAAAUGAGGAGCAGCCAGCGAAGAGUUCUGUAGGCACAAGUGGCGGGAAGGAAGCUAAGAAGCUGAAGGGCAAAGAAAAAUGUGUUGACCAAGGUGGAAAAUGGUUCUGCGGAGGGGACCCAAAUCAAACUCACGUUGGGAGGCACGAAAACAGUGCUGGGUGCAAAACAGAAGGGGGGGGGGGGGGGGAAGGUUAAAGAUCUUGUGUUGAAACUGGAAGAAAAAAAUUGGAAAGAUGUGGAGGGUCAGGUGAACGCGGCAACAAAGGGUGUUCGUUCGA